AUGUCAAUCAUGAAUUCAUUUGUCAAUGAUAUCUUUGAACGUAUCGCUGCUGAGUCAAGUCGUUUAUCACAUUAUAAUAAACGUUCCACAAUUUCAUCUCGUGAAAUUCAAACAGCUGUUCGAUUAUUAUUGCCUGGUGAAUUGGCUAAACAUGCCGUCUCAGAAGGUACAAAAGCUGUGACGAAGUAUACAAGUGCGAAGUAA